GCAAAGGCUUACGAAUAAUCCAAAUUGAAAUAUUCAUUUUAAAUUUUUUAUUUUGUAUUUUCUAUCUAAUUUUUAGAUGCCUUAAUAAGUAUAAUUUAAAAGAAGUUGUUUAUUAAUUUAUUGCCAAAUUUUGAAGGAGAAUUUUUAUGAAUUCCUUGCAUAUAAAAAUAAAAAAAUGUUACCUUACAAAGCAUGUGUGAACAAGGCAUAAUGCAAUGUGUUUACGCCAAAAGCAACAACUUUGUUUUCAUUUUUCGUUGUAUUAUUGUGCUCGUAAUUUAUUUGGGACAACCAGCUCAUGCUCCUUAGCUUUUUGAUAGAAAUAAACAAAAUGCCAUACAGCUCAGCAACAGCUGAAGAAUCGGCCACUUCAUCCACAAAACGUAGCAGUAGUCGCCAGCAUCGUAAGCCAACCAUAUGGACAAGGGAAAAGAUCUACAAAUUAAUUGAUUUGUAUCGAGCGUCGGAUUGCUUGUGGAAUCAUUACUCGGAGCUAUACAAGAAUAAGGACUCUCGUACCAAGGCCAUUGAUCAUAUAUGCGAAUCGCUCGGCAUCACAAAGUACGACUAUGGCAAGAAAGUGCACAAUCUGCGCAAUCAAUUCAAUUCGGAAUUAAAGAAGUACGAGCGUCGCAUAAAGAAUGCUGAAGGAAUUCGAGCCAUCUCGCCUAAGAGCUGCCGCUGGGAACACUUCGAGAAGUUAAUGUUCCUGCGGCCCAUAAUUGAAAGACGGCCGGGAUAUCAACCACAAUGCAAGAGUUUGGUAAAAAACGAUGAAUGCAGUACUGCGGAAACACAUGUAACAGGAACUGUAUCAGGAAGUCAACUGGGGACUGGAAAUAUCGUACAGCUGGAGCUGUUAAGCGUAGAGGACACAAGCAAUAGCAGUGCAAAGGAACAAGCCACUUGUGACUUACAAGUCACUCCAAAGUCUGAAGUUGCUUCCAACCUGUCUACGGAUCCUUCAGUCAAUGUUCUUCGCAGAGAUUCUAUAACUAUAAAAUCUGCCGAAACACCAAACUAUUCGAAUGCGCACGGACCGGGUCAGCCGAACACAAUCCGCGACCAAUGGGAUGCAUUUGGCGAAUUAAUAGCGAAUGAAUUUCGCAAUUUAAACUCAGCGAUUUCACGCAAAAAGUUAAAACGAAAAAUUAUGCAAGUUAUGCUGGAAGUCGGCGAAGAAGAUGAUCAAAAAUAUACGAGCAACAAUUGACUUCAUACUAAUUUGUUAGUUAUUUUCCUAAGACUGGCUUUAAUAUUUUGGUUAAGUGCAUUAGGAGGCGAUAUGUCGCUUAAUACAUAAUUGUAUUAUCACGAUGUGCCUUAUCUACCAAUAAAUCUAGCGCUAAACUAUCAACGCAGAACUAACGAUAUGAGCAAGAAGCCCUAUCAUUUCGUCACAACAUAGCUAUAAACAACGUCACUGUACAAUAACGGCAAGUGAGUCAUUGCAGGGUCAAAGAUUUUUUAAGAAUGCAGACGAUACUGGGGGGAAAAGUCAUAAACAAUGUUUGGUCAAUUCCCAAUUCAUAUCAUUAUAUAAAACUUGAUGAUAACCAUUUGUCUUAAAAACCAGCGCAUCGCUGAGAUCACUAAUCAAAUUCCAAAAUAAAAUGCAUGCUUUUUCACAAUUGUUUGUACUUUAUAAAAUAUUUCUGUUCAUAGAUGUUCAUUGGGGGUUUCAUUCACUCUUUUAACAAUAUAGUGCAGUUUUGUACAGAUUUAUAUAUAGCAUAGUAUUUAAAAUCAAUCGAAAACAAAUUGAAAUCACAAGAAAAUGAAGUAAGCUAUGUACAAGAAUUUAUUAAUGUAAGUGAACAGUUACUACGACUAAUUUACAUCUAGAAAUCGAUCUCUAUAAACUUUUUCUCUAUGGUUGGAGUUCAGCACAAUGUCUAUCGUUGGGGCCAGGCGUUUGAUGCGUUGUUGAAAUCGAUCCCGAUCCCGUGCGAUCUCCUGCCAGGCGCCCUUGCGAGCG